GUGAAAGUGAGUUGAGAUUCCUUUCUUGAGAGUGUUUAGAAUUUUAAGUCAACAUUAUCAACUAAUUAUCUCAUUUAUUCUCAUUACCAUUUGCAGUAGUUAUCUCCUCACAACCAUUCAAGGCUUUUAGAGGAAAACGUGUCAAGAAAUGGAGAAUGCAAAAGCAACUGUUGGAAAUGACAAGAAGAUGAAUAAUGGUCUGAUACAUGAUACUCUGGUAAAAAUAUUUUUAUGCCUCAACGUUGUGGAUGUUGCAGUUGCGUCCCUGGUUUGCAAAUCCUGGAACAGUGCUUGUCGUGACCCAGCUCUCUGGAACAAGAUUGAUCUCUCCAAACUCGGUUCUUACUGCUUUAACACACCAUUGAAUAGAGUUGGAGCUUACAGACACUCAAGUUCGAAGAUAACCCAAUUCUUGAAAUAUGUUCUUGAUCUGAGUAACGGAAGUACUACUUUCAUUAUAUUCAACUUUUAUGUUUACUUAACCAAUGAACAGUUCAUCAUGGUCGCACAAAGGACCCCAAACCUGAAGCGACUUGUUCUACCAGAGACGGGUGAUUUCUCAAGAGAUGGAGUGGAUACCGCACUGAGCUUAUGGAAAGGUCUUGAAUCCAUUACCGUUACCUCUGCUGUGUCGAGUUAUUACAUGAUCCUAGCCAUUGGAAAACACUGCAACAACAUCACGGAGAUGAAAUUUUCUGCGGGCAACUUCGAAGAAAAGCAUGCCGUGGCCAUGGCUAAAUACACCCCGAAGUUGAAGAAAUUGAGCAUUCGGAACCUAGCAACGAGUCUGAAGGCAUUGUGGUGUGUGGUGAGUUUCUUGGGAGAUUUGGAGAAGGUGAACAUAAGCCACUGUUUGAUCAUGGACACAGCAUAUCCUGGCACAGUGUUUGUAGGUGUUAGCGAUCUGAAGAAGCGUUUGCCCCCAACGGGUGUGGAAAAGUUGGUGUACUGUGAAAAAGGAAGGUGCUUGAGGUGCGUGAAUGGUAGAGACACUACUCGAAGCAGACAACCAGAUGGACCCUAUGAGGAUAUAUGGGGAGAGGAUGAGAUAGCUUCUCUUGCACAUUUGCCUCAACCUUCUGAGGCUCAAAUUGCUGCCAGACAUGUAAGAGCGAUACCGAUCGUCAGACUUUUCUGCAGCUCAACGCGUAAUCAGCAUCGUUGAUUAUCUAGGUUACUAGUGAAAAAAAGAAGAAGACAUUUUCUAUAUUUAAGUGUUUUUGGAUUGCAUGUGUGAACUUGUUUCUGUGUUUUGGAUUUUGCAUGUUUCAACAACUUAUUAUGACAUAAUUCUAAUAAUCGUGGGAUUUGA